GAAAUGAAGUGUGUGGACGGCAGACGGCGCUAGCCAUAGACACCGGAAGCGGUUUGAGCUUUUCUCCUUGGUGUGAGCAGCUGGAGCCGGAAUGGGUCAAUGAGAAGCAUAAACACAGGACUUAUUAAUGACAGUAUUACAGGAUCAAAAUCUUUAAAGUCUCAAGUGAACGUAGGCAUUUAGCCUGGGUGUCCGAAACAUGAAGCGAGAUGUCAGGAUAUUGUUAUUGGGGGAACCCAAGGUGGGAAAGACAUCAUUGAUAAUGUCUCUGGUUGGGGAGGAGUUUCCUGAACAGGUUCCCCCGCGUGCUGAGGAAAUCACCAUCCCUGCCGACGUCACUCCCGAGAAGGUGCCCACACACAUUGUCGACUACUCAGAGAGUGAGCAGACCGAUGAGGUGCUGCAACAAGAAAUUGUCAAGGCCAACGUGGUGUGUGUGGUGUACGACGUCACUCAAGAGGAAAGCAUUGAUAAGAUCCGAACAAAAUGGAUCCCUUUAGUGAAUGGUGGCGCAGAGAAGGGAAGCAACAGGGUCCCGAUCAUCCUGGUGGGGAACAAGUCAGACCUUCGCUGUGGGAGCUCCAUGGAGUCCAUCCUGCCCAUAAUGAACCAGUUCUCAGAGAUCGAGACCUGUGUGGAGUGUUCGGCCAAGAACUUGAAAAACAUCUCCGAACUGUUCUACUAUGCUCAGAAAGCCGUGCUGCAUCCAACUGCCCCACUCUACGACCCUGAAGACAAACAGCUGAGGCCCAUGUGUGUUCGAGCCCUCAGUCGAAUCUUCACCAUCUCCGACCAAGACAAUGACAGGAUCCUCAGUGACAACGAACUCAACUGCUUUCAGAAAUUGUGUUUUGGGAACCCGCUGGCCCCGCAGGCUCUGGAGGACGUGAAAACGGUGGUGUGGAAGAACACUAGUGACGGAGUGCAGGACAACGGCCUGACACUUAAUGGCUUCCUGUUCCUCAACACGCUGUUCAUUCAGCGGGGCCGACACGAGACCACCUGGACCAUCCUGAGGAAAUUUGGCUACGAUGACACGUUGGAGCUGACAGAUGACUACCUCCACCCUCAGCUGCAUGUUCCAGUGGGCUGCUCCACAGAGCUCAAUCAUCUGGGCUUCCAGUUCCUUCAGAGGCUGUUUGAAAAGUACGACGAGGACAAAGAUUCAGCCCUCUCUCACGCCGAGCUGAAGAAUCUUUUCAGUGUCUUUCCCAACAUGCCCUUGGGUGCGGACGCGCACACGGCCGUGCCCGUCAACGAGGAAGGCUUCAUAACGCUGCAUGGAUACAUGUGUCAUUGGGCACUGACCACAUACCUGGACAUCCAUCGCUGCCUAGAGUUCUUGGCUUACUUGGGCUACCCUGUCAUUGCUGAGCAGGAGUCUCAGACUGCAGCAGUAACAGUGACACGGGAGAAAGCCACGGACCUAGAGAAGAGGCAGACCCAGCGCACUGUGUUUCUCUGUAAUGUGAUUGGACCUCACGGCGCGGGCAAGACUGCCUUCCUGCAGAACUUCCUGGGCCACACUUUAUCGGAACCACGUAGUCAUUCUGGUGCCUUGUCCUACUAUGCCAUAAACACUGUUCAAGUCAACAACCAGGAGAAGUUUCUGAUCCUCUACGAGGUGGACGUGGACACAGAGUUCCUCAAGGUCUCUGGUACAGCAUGCGAUGUGGCCUGUCUCAUGUAUGAUGUUAGUGAUCCCACGUCCUUCAGCUACUGUGCCAGCGCCUACAAGCAGCAUUAUAUGGACAGCAGCAUUCCCUGUGUGGUGGUGGCCUCCAAGGCAGACCUCCCUGAGCAGAGGCAACAGCACGGGAUCUCCCCUUCAGAGUUCUGCUACAAGCAUGGGCUGCCACCCCCCUUCACCUUCUCCUGUACCGGUUUCCACCCCUCCAGCACGUCGAUCUACUCCAAGCUGGCCUGGGCCGCCAUGUUCCCACACCUGAAUGGCGCAGACAUGAGCAGCACCUCCUUCUGGCUGAGAGUGACGCUUGGGGCCGCUGUGGUGACAGUCUUGGGCUUCAGUAUCUACAGAGCUCUCAUCAGACAGAAAUAGGCCAACAGAACCACCCACCUCCCUUUGCCCUGACAGACUGCCUGACACUCCAUCCACAGACUUGGCACAUAGGAAAGAGUGUGGCAUACAUAAGCAUCAUGAUUGAAUCCCUGUUCCUCAGAAACACUGUUAAGGCCUUAAGGCCAGGACCAGUCUGAUCUUAACUUCCACCUCAUGUUUCCUUACAUUUCCUUCCAAUAGGCUCAUUGACAGAUAUUUGCCACCCAUGACCUGACAGGUGUUAAUUUCUCCCAGGUCCGCCAAAGAUUCAGUACUGAUGAAGUGACGAUGAAACACAAGAAAGAAAUGUCAAAACUCAUCUCACCUCUGUAACAAUUUUAUGUUCUCUGUGAGCCCAGUAAUUCAAGGGAUAAAGAUCGGUUUUGGAUAUGAAAAGGGACUUUUAACAAAAUUCAAAAUAAACAAAAAAAAAAGUAAAUGGUUUGGGAGACAACUCAUCAGGUAUGUUGGUCUGAGCUGGUUGUCAGCUGACACCAAUAAUGUAAAAUGAAACCCGCCAUGCCCUUGGUAUGACAGCGAGAUAAACAUCAAAGCAGCCUCAGUGUAGGCUUCCAGAGCCAAAGGUGGUGAGUCAUGCAUCAUUCACAAGCCAAAGAGGAGCCUGACAUCCAACAGUUACCAUGGAGAACAUGUGACCAGUGCAGUCACAGGAAACUGACCAAUAGACAGCCCCUCAUGGUGGCUGGGCUCUGACACCUGCUCCUGAAGCAUCCUCUAAAUUUUGUGUUAAGAAGAGGACCAUUCUAUUGAGAUGUGUGUCCACGCAGCUAUGGAUAUCAAUCUACCGAUCUUUGAAUUUGCCAAAAUAGGACCAGCAUUAAUCUAUAAUUCUAUCCCUUAAAUCUGGUCCAGGUUUGUUCAAUUAAUAACUGAAUGAUAAUAGAAAUCUAGUAAUUAUUUUCAGAGAGAGUGGCCGGUGUUUGGGCAUAUAUGCUGCUAUUAGUUUUUGUCCUCUUUCCGACUGUAAGGCAGGACCACAGGGCACUCACGAUGAGGAAUGAACAAACCGCAUAAUGCUUCAAAGUAUCCCGGGCUGUAUGUGCAAUUAAUAAUCAACAAAGUUACAGCCUCUUGAUAAUAAAUUGAACGCUCUUACAGAGUACCUUAUAAAAGAAAGAGUAGGUGGCCUUGCGAUGUUGAUGUGGUUUUAACCUCUAAAGCUUAAAUGCAUUGACUAAAGCUAAAGCAAGCAUGUUUUUAGAUGUACGGCAACACCUUAUACGCAACAGCAUGCAAUAACUUUGAAAAUGGUAUGAAUUUGGCCUUUCGCAGUAUGUGUGUGUUCAAUAAGAAUGGAGAUACUGUAUUAGCACUUGAAUUGUGGGCUUUAAAUCUCCACCAGGGUAUUGAAGCCGUGUCUUUUUUUUUUAGUAGGACUAGGCUAAUUGCCAAAUUGAUUGGUAUUGCAACACUACUGGCAUUAAACAAUUCACAAAGAACCCUAUGUUCUACAGAGGAUAGAUAUACUGAACAUCUUAUCCUUUUGCCAUUUAAACUGGUUUGUUUGCGGAUUUAAAUUCAUACAUUUUAAUUAAAUACAUUUGCCAAUAUUUUCCCCACAGAUAUUUUUAGAAAGGCUUUUCCCUUUUUGCAUCUGAUGCACUUGGUAUAGGACAUUAAUUCUAGACAAACAUUAAGUCUUGCCCAUCAUUUUGGAAUCACGCUACAUGGUUUUCGAGACAUAUGAAGGAGGUGUGCUCAGAUAUUAGCCAAAUUUUCAUAAAAAUAUUUUAAAUAAACUAAUGCGUUUUCAGAACUGGA